AUGUGCACGAAAAUGGUGCAGCAAGAAGAGCAGCAGCAGCAGCAGCUGCUGCUGCCGCAGAUUCGUACCCGCAGCAGCAGCAGCAGCAGCACAGAUAUGAUGAAGCGCCUUCUCUUUGAUCCUAACUGUCCUCAUCCUCUCAUCAUACUCACAGGAGCAGGACUCGGCAGCCUGAGCGGCAUUCCUUUGUAUCGUAAGCAGAAGCAGCGUAAGAGGCAGCAGCAGCAGCAGCAGCAGCAGCAGCGGAGCAAGCGGCAGCCUAAGCGAAAACAGCAAGAGGUAGGCCCGUCUGCUACACCAAAGAAGCAGAAGCAACAGCAGCAGCAGCAGCAGCAGCAGCAGCAGCAGCAGCAGCGCGUUGCAUCUUUAGGUGUAUGGGGAGCUUUUAAUGAAGAUGAUGCAACAAUUGGCAGAGCAAUCGCUAACCCUACUGACUGGCUGUCUGGCUUCUGGUUUGCUGCUCAUCCUCCCCAAUUAUAUGCUGCUGCCUUCCCUUCUGUAUGGCAUUUGCUGCUGGCGCUGCUGCUGCUGCAGCAGCCGCAGCGGCUGCUGCUGCUGACACAAAAUGUUGAUAACUUAGAGCGUUAUGCGCUGCUGCUGCUGCUGUCGGUGCUGGCAGCACCGCAGUCAGGUCUACGGGUGCUGCCGCUGCAGCAGGAGCAGCAGCAGCACAAGCUGCUGCUCUUGCUGCAGCAGCAACAGCAACAACAGCAGCAACAGCAGCAGCAGGGAUGUCUUGUACAAAUGCAAGGAAACUAUCGCGCUGCUAUACGAGCAGCAGCAGCAGCUGCUGCUGCUGCACACCUAGGAAAGACUGACGCAGCAGCAAAAGCAGCAGUUGCUGCUUCUGUUGCUACAGAUGCUCCAGUUGCUCCUGCAGGUGCAGCAGCAGCAGCAGCAGGUGCUGCUGCUGCUGCUGAUUUCCCCCUAAAUAAUUCCUUCUUUGUGCUGCCUUGGUUUAUACCUGUGCAUGAAUUGCACGGCAAUGUCUUCUUCUUCCGGUGUAUGGGGAUGCAGCAGCAGCAGCAGCAGGAGCAGCAGCAGCAGGUAGAGCAGCAGCAGCAGCAGCAGCAGCAGCAGCAGCAAGGCAUCAUGUGUCCCUUUGCCUUCGAGUCCGCGCUGCAUCAUUCGCAGGUUGUAUGGAUUGCUGCUAAGAAAGGAGACACCUCUCCUGUAGUGUCUCCUUUUGCUGCUGCUGCUGCUGCUGCUGCUGCAGGACCAGCAGAAGAAGCAGCAGCAGCAGCAGCAGCAGCAGGGAAUGUAUAUCCUGUAUGUCCCUGCUGCAGCAGCAUUUGUCUCCCUUUGUGUCUCCUUUUUGAUGAAUGUCUCUUCUCCCCUCAUAAGGCAUUUGCUGCUGAUGGAUUUGUAAGGGCGCUGCUGCAUUCUGCUGCUGCUGCUGCUGCUGCAGGCAGCAACGGAGCUGCUGCUGCUGCUGCUGUUAAAUCAGCAGCAGCACAAGGGCUGUAUGAUCCCAGCCACCUGCUGCUGCACUCAACACAACAGCAGCUCCUGCCACCGCAGCAUCCAGUAGCAACGGCAGCAGCAGCAGCAGCAGCAGCAGGAGUUCCUGCUGCUGCUGCUGCAUCCAUUGCUCAAAGAGGGAAGCCCAACAGAUGCUCUGUUCGUUUGCUGCAGAAGGGGGAGGCGCUGAGUCAGUGCAGCACCGCAUGCAGCAGCAGCAGCAGUAGCACCAACGGCAGCAGCAGCAGCAGCAGCAGCAGCUCUUGUGAUGUUGCUGCGCAUCUAACAUGCAGCGGGGGCUCCAGGUGUAUGUGCAGCUCUUGUCGCUCCCCACAGAGUUGGCUGCUGCCCUCUGGGGAGCUAGCAGCAGCAGCAGCAGCAGCAGCGGGAGUUCCUGCUGCUGCUGCUGCUGCUGCUGCUGAUCCGUUGUGUGAUAAUGGCGAUGUUAACUCCAUAUCCGCAGCCUCCACAGAUAUCAACAGCAGCAGCAGCAGCAGCAACGGCAGCAGCAGCAACGGCAGCAGCAGCAACGGCAGCAGCAGCAAAGGCAGCAGCAGCAAAGGCAGCAGCAGCAGGAGGAAGAACAGCGCUAUCAACAGUAACAGCAUCAAGAACAGCAGCAGCAGCAGCAGUAGGAGUAGCAGCAAUUGGCAUCCUGCUGCUGCUCCUGCUGCAUUGCUGCUAGGUACAUCUCUUAGUACAGCAAGUAGUGAUUGGCUGCUGCUGCUGCUGCAGCAAUUUAAUGGAUUUGCUGCUGCUGUUAAUAAUGGGGCUGGCAGCAUAGAUAACCAAUUUGAUUACUGCAUGCAGCAGCAGCAAAUUAUUCAGCAGGCAGGUAAGGCUGUUGUUGCUGCAGCAAGACAACUGCAGCAGCAACAGGAAGAGGAGGAAGAGGAAGAAGAGGAAGACGACGAGGAGGAGGAGGAGCAGCAGCAGCAGCAGCAAGAGCAAGAGCGAGACUCGCAUGCAGCGGAACGUAACACCAACAGCAGCAGCAACAGCAGCAGCAACAGCAGAAACAGCAGCAGCAGCAGCAGCAGCAGCAAUGGCUGCGACCAGAGAACUCCGAAGACGGAGACAUCAGAAGACCCCUCUGCUGCAGCAGCAGCAGCAACAGCAACAGCAGCAGCAACAGCAACAACAGCAGCAGAUUCGUUAGCAGCAGCAGAUUUACGUCGUUCUUUAGGUGGUAUAGGUUUACGUUUUGAGUUUGCUGCUGCAGCAGCAGCAGCAACAGCAGCAGGAGAUAUUGUUGUUACCUGCAGCAGCAGGAAGAUAAAAAGAAUAAGAGAAGAUAUUAAUUCUUUUUUUAUUAAUCUUUGUCCUUAUGAUUUGCUGCUGUGGCUGCAGCAGCAGCACAGCAGGCUGCUACAGGCCCAUAAGCAUGCACUUGCUGCAGCAGCAGCAGCAGCAGCAGCAGCAGCAGCAAGUGCAAGAUCACCAGCAGCAGCAACUGCAACAGCAGCAGCCGCACCUGCAGCAGCACUAAGUGCACCAGCAACAGCCGCACCUGCAGCAGCAGCAAGUGCAGCAGCAGCAGCAGCAGCCGCACCAGCAGCAACAACUGCUGCUGCUAAAUUGGAUAUACAAACAGCCAUAAAGGAAGAAUAA